AUGACGUUGGACGAUGCGCCGCUGAAGGCCGCGUGCGAGAAUCAACUCCUUGAUCGUCGUCAUCAAGGGUCAGAUGCUGCCACUGGCCGACGAGUGCUCACGGCGCCGACGAUGCGCCUCCUCCCUCAUUUACAAGAGACGGCUCUACAAAAGGAUAGACGCCUGAGCCGUGGGGAAAGCUGCACGUUCAUGUUUAGAGGCGACAUCUACACGUCCUACAACGCAGCCGCAGUACCAUUUCACUGCCAACUACCCCAGUGCUACAAGCAGGGAAGCCCUACACGGCGAUAA